AUGUCCGCCGCCAAGGUUCAGAAAAUUAUCAAUGACAACGGCGUUGUUGUUUUUUCCAAGUCGCGCUGCCCCUACUGCAGUGAUACUAAGAGCACCCUUCGGAGCUUGGACACCGAAUUUCAAAUUGUGGAGCUGGAUCAGAUGAACGAUGGUAGCGAUAUUCAAGACGCGCUCCAGCAACUAACAAAACAGCGCACUGUGCCAAAUAUAUUCAUCAACCGAAAGCACAUCGGUGGCAACUCUGACUUGCAGAAGCUGUCUACUGGUCAAUUGAAGGGAUUGUUGAAGGAGGCUGGUGCGAUUUAA